AUGUCCUCUCAAACUAGCCCGUCAUUCACUGCUGUCGACCUGACCAACGUCUUGAAGGGGUUGGCGGCUCGCUACGCCAGCGGUGAGUCAGUGGAAGGCCUCGUCGUCGAGGCGGAGCUAUAUAUGGGACAUUUCGUGAGCGGUAGCAGCGAUGUGGGCACCGCCAGAGUGAGCGCAGUGCUCCUCGCAAAAGUCCAUCUGCCUUCGGCGGUGUUGGACAGGUUACGCGCUCGCUCCCUGGAAGAGGGGAGCAAUUUGAAUGCUUUCCAGUUCGAUCUGACCUUCCCCGUAACUCCGGCUGCUGCUCCGACUCUCGAGAACACUCCGAUGCUUGCUAGGACUCGCGGGGCCUCCAAGCGGACUCUCGAGGACUCCCCCUCCACUGAGCACGUCGCCGAAGAGUCAGGUCGGCCCAAACCGCGCGGUCGGGGUCGUCCACGGGGUACGGCGAAGGUGGAGUAUCAGGAGGCACGAAAGGCGUGUCAUGGGUGCACGGAGCGGAAGCUUCGAUGCCAUGUCCCAGUCUCGGGGCAGGCUGAGGCCUGUCAGGACGAAGAGGAAGCGGAGGUGGAGGAGGGGAGCACAGUCAUUGUCGGACGGCCGCGGGGCAGUCCAAAGAAACCACGACUGGAGAUGGAGAGCGUUACUAUCGACUCGCCUCCGCCUGGUCCUAAAGGUAAGGAGAAGGCCACGAGCCACGACUCGCGUCCUGCGCCUACUCCGGGACCUUCGUCUGCGCGUCCGGCAUACCUGCCUUCAGUCGCUCCUAGUCCGGUCGCCUCGCUCCUGAAUUUUGGUCCAGAGGCCCUGGCCGUUCCCCUCUCCCGUACGCCGAGCUCCGACCUUUCCCUUGUCUCUCCGUUCCCGCGCAGCGAGAUAGCCCCGGACCAAUUCGGACGCCUCUACCAGAUUAUCGCGGAGCUGCGGGAGCAGUCAAUUGUGGCUCGUGAAAAUGUGGUAAGCCUGCGGGAGGAAAAUACACGGUUCCACCGCGAGUUGGAUGAGGCGCGGAGGGUCAAUGAUCAGGCACUGCAGGAAGUGCGGAAGGCCCUCGAGGAGUCGCGCGCUGUCAGCAGAACUUGCGAUUGA